CAACUCCUUCCUCAACCUCCUCGAUCAUCCUCGUUACAUCAAUUUAUGGAAAAACAAAGUCAUGAAUAUACCAUCAUCGACAUCCCCGACAUAGAAAUAGACCGUCUUCAGAGUAACCAACCAAAACCCCUCAAGGACGAGAAGAUGAGCGGUGGCAUGCGGUUUCUCAGGGUGGCGCUCCUCGUCAUGCGAGGACGUUCCCAAAAGCCAAAGGCGAUUCAACAGGUUGGUCAAAUCGACGAUGGGUCCAAGAGCAGGUGGAAGAAGGUUGUGGGGUCCACUAGGCCCUUGCACCUUCAAAGCAACCAAUCCCCUGUUUCUGACUCCGGCAGUUUUUUUCAUUUGCCUAAGUGGCCAGCGAUGGAAUGCAGAGGCAACGCUUCUAAUUUUGUGGCGGAGGAGGGGCCUCACUCGGCUUCCCUACCCAGUAGCCGUUACGCUUCGGCUGUGGGGUUGAACGAACUGGUUCAAUGUGAUGAGGAGAAUGUGAAGCAAGAGGUGAUCGUGAAGGAGUGCGAGGAACGCAUUCAUGGAGAUGGGGAUGAGAUGAUUGAUUCCAAGGCUGAGGAUUUCAUUACUCACUUCUACCAAGAAAUGAGGCUGCAGCGUAUGAAUACCGUGGAUCGUCUUUACGCCGAGCGAAGUCAAAGGUCACUGGGUUGGUAA